AUGUCGAUCAUUGUCGGUAUCGCUGGUCUCACCAGCAAGUUCGCCCAGUGCGUGGUGAAAGAACUGCAGGCGUAUCCGGAUGUGACUGUCAAGGGGUUCUGCAGGAGCCCGCAGAAGCUGUCACAGAAAGCUCUCGCAAAGUACAAAGUCGAGGUCAUUCAGGGCGAGUUCGACGACGAGGUGGCCGUCCAAAGGUUCGUCCGAGGAACCGACAUCGUCAUCUGCUGCUACUUUGGCGACCCCGACGUGAUGACCCGAGGCCAGAAGAUCUUGGUCGAUGCUUGCGCUAAGGAGGGUGUCCCGCGAUACCUGCCCAGCGACUUUGCCGUCGACUACACCAAAAUUCCUGCCCAUGAGUUGUUCCCUAAAGAGUCAUGCAGGGUAAUCAAGAACUAUUUGGUGGAGAAGAAGGUCUCAGGAGUGCACGUUCUGGUUGGCGGUUUGAUUGAGACUUUCUGGAGCGGAUUUUUCCAAAUCUACGACGCUGAAACCAAAACGAUCGCAUACUGGGGCACGGGCGAUGAGAAGUGGGAUCUGACGACAUACGAGACCGCUGCCGCCUAUACUGCAGCUCUGGCAGUCGACAAGAGCGCCGUUGGAGUCUUCCGGUUCCGGGGCGAUUGCAAAAGCAUCUCGGAAAUUAAGAGAAUUUACGAGAAGAUCUAUCAGUCCCCGCUGCACCUCAAACGCCUCGGAUCCCUGGAUGAUCUCUACAGUACCGUCAAGAACAGGUUCGAAACGGACCCGAACGAUGCCAUGGCCUGGGCUCCUGGAUGUUUCGCUUACUGGUGCACAAACGGUGUUGCAAGCCUCGGCGAUGACCUCGACAAUGAAAAGUACCCUAACAUCGUUCCAGUCAACAUGGAAGAUUUCUUGAAGACCCACAAGGAGGAGGAAAUUGCGAUUGCGGAUCAGUAUCUUGGUUUCUAA